UGAGAAGCAAAACGAAAAACGGGGCGGACAGUGUCUUGUUGAUCUUUUGUUGAAAAAACGAAUAUUUCACAGAGAAUUUGUUGAAAACAUAAACAAAUUACUUUGGUUAUUUUCCCAUCCACUGCACCAUCUGUAUGUGCAGUAAAGUUUACGUUGAUAAAAUAAAAAAUAUACCAUUGGAAUUUCGGGACACUGUUGUCUGCUGGGCUUGGAGGUACAGGUAUAAUAACCAUUCCAGAAAAGAAACAAUUGUCAAAAGAAAAUAAAACGGGCCACGACAACAUUAAAUCCUACUUCCAAACACAAGUCUAUUGAAAUUUCUCUAAACAAAAAGAAAAUACAAUGACGGAGUACAAAUUAGUGGUUGUAGGUGCUGGAGGUGUUGGUAAAUCUGCCCUAACAAUCCAGUUAAUACAAAAUCACUUUGUGGAUGAAUACGACCCCACAAUUGAAGAUUCUUAUAGGAAGCAAGUUGUUAUAGAUGGCGAGACGUGUUUAUUGGAUAUUUUAGAUACAGCUGGCCAAGAAGAGUAUUCCGCUAUGCGUGAUCAAUACAUGCGAACUGGAGAAGGAUUUUUGCUCGUUUUUGCUGUCAAUAGUGCGAAAUCAUUUGAAGAUAUUGGUACAUAUCGAGAGCAAAUAAAGCGCGUAAAAGACGCGGAGGAGGUACCAAUGGUGCUGGUAGGAAAUAAGUGCGAUCUGCAAGCCUGGGCUGUUAAUAUGAACCAAGCCAGAGAGGUUGCUAAACAAUACGGCAUUCCAUUUGUUGAGACAUCCGCCAAGACACGAAUGGGCGUUGAUGACGCCUUUUACACAUUAGUCCGUGAGAUUCGAAAGGAUAAAGAGCAUAGGGGGAAAAAAGGUCGCAAACAUCAUAAGCUACCACACCAUAAAUUCAAAUGCGAGUUGCUGUAAAUGAUCUUAUAUUAAGUCUAAAAGAGGUUGGAUAACCUACUCAUUCGGACAACCGGACAAUUUCUACAACCAAAACAACAACGAAAACGAACUAAACAGACAUUCGAUAAGAGAUAGCCUGUGAUCAGGAGGCUGUAGUAAGAAAAAACAACAACAAUAAUACAGCUAGAACCGGAAAGCAACAAAUAAAGCACAUAUUUUUUCAUCCAAAAAUCAGCAUAACAUUAGCUAUACGCACAUAAAAGUGCAAAUUUUACAAAACGCAAAACCUUACACUGGAGCACAGACGAACUGGGAAAGUAUAAAAAAAUUAAUGGAAAACAUAAAACUAUCAAAAAAAAAAUUUAUUUGAAAGUAUAAAAAUCGUUUAUUUAAUAUUUUAACUUUAUUUCUGCGCACAAUUUUUAAUACGUUUUUUGUAUUCUUGCAACUGGCAUUUGACAAAAUAUUUAUUUAAUUUCUAAUUCAAGGAGUAUGUUGAUUUAUUAGUUUUUUGUACUGUUUGCUAUUUUAAUUAUGUUCUACGUAUGCUUUCCAUACGUUGGAAAUAUUUAUUUAUAUAGUAAAGUAAGAGAAAAUUUAUAACUUUGAUAAAUAUGCAAUGACGCGUACCAAAUGAUCGUGCUGUUUUAUGUAUUCAUAUAUUGUAUCCUUCUAAAUUGUGUUCUUAGGCAAGUGUACAAAACUAUCAAAAGUCUGCACAUAUUAAUAUAGUUGAAACUAAAUCUAAAGCUGCAAUCAUAAUUGACACUAAGCAAAAAAAUAAAAUCACAAUGGUUGGAGCUUUAUAAAACGUUAAAAUUUAAACUUUCUACUAUAUUAGUAUGGAAAAUACAUACAUACAUAUAUGAACACAUUCACUUGCCUCCUUUUUAGUGCGUCGUUUCUGUAAUACGUGCCUGUGUUUUAUGUAUGCAUGUUAACACAUAGAAAAAAACAUUUGGUAAUUUAUAAAAUAAAUUUACUGAAAUACAUAAAAAGUAAUAACUAACAAAAUUCAAGAUGAAGAUUAUAUUAAGUGUACUAGCUGUAACGCACAAUAAGCAAAUAUUGAUUUUUUUUUGCUUUUUGAAACUAUUUUCUAAUCCGUUUUAUACUUUUUGGUGCUGAAGUGAAAUUUGCGUGCAUAUUUUUAUAAAAGUAAAAUUCUGUUUUAUAUUUAAUCAAUUUCUUUUAAAAAUAUUUUUGUAUUUUUAUUGUAACCGUGAAGGUGGAACUAAGGCAAGAAUGGUUAAAACUUGCCGAACAAUGUAUCCUACUUCCAUUGUAAGAUUAACGCAUAAUGAUUGUGAAUGUCAUCCUCUAUAUUUUAUAUAUGUAUGUAAUUUAUUAUAUGCUUACAUCAUCAUAUUCUCAUAAUAAUAGGAUUAAAAUUGCAAAAUUAGUAAAUAUGAAUAUUGUCACGUACAUAAAUGAAAGAACAGUUCAUCAUUGUCGAAUUUUCAUAAGAAAACAAACUAAAAUCGCCGAAGGAUAAAUAUAUAUUUUAUAUUUAUUAGAUUGUAUUUGUUGUAAAAUGUUAUGUAAUUUAAAGCAACCUUGUUUAAAUUUGCUUCAGGAAACAGAAAAAAUUUAUCGGCUGAAAUGAAUUAAUCACUAGGUUUUUGAAGCAG